AUGGCAGCCAACUACACCUACAGUGGACCGGUCAACUGUACCCGGGAGCCCAACGUCGGCAUUGUCAAGGGGAAGACAGUGAUCAUCACUGGUGGUGCAAAUGGCAUCGGGGCAGUCUAUACCAAGAACCUGGUACAAGCAGGGGCGUAUGUGAUGAUUGGUGAUCUUGACACGAAGAAUGGCGAGGCCCUCGCAUCUUCACUGCCAGAAGGUCAUGUAUGGGUCUGCCGUUGCGACGUGACCAACUGGGACGACCAAGUGAAACUGUUCGAGGAAGCUAUCAGCAAAUCCCCCUCCGGUCGCGUCGAUGUGGUGGUGGCCAAUGCCGGAGUUGCUGGAACCGAUGGAGUGUUUGCAGAUGAUUCUGCUAAGGAUAAACCUGAGAAACCCAAUUUCAAGAUCAUCGAUGUCAACCUCACUGGCGGUUUAUACACCAUCAAGCUGGCCCUGUACCAUUUCCGCAAACAAAAUCAGCGCGACAUCGAUGCUGGCAAACCACGGAACGAUACGUCCCUGGUUAUCCAAGGGUCGAUGGCGGGAUACCUCGACAUGCCGGGAUCUGUUCUGUAUGCAGCCUCGAAAUUCGGAUUGCGAGGGGCCAUGACGUCCCUUCGGUACACCGGUCCGCAGCAUAAAACCCGAGUGAAUCUGAUUGCGCCGUGGUUCAUCUAUACCGGCAUGAUCCCGGAACAGUUCACGGACCUGAUCGCCUCCAAAGGUAUCGUCUGGGCCUCCAUUCAGGACGCUGCCGGAGCACUGGUCAACAUCAUUUCGGACACGGGAAUCAACAGCCGCACUUUCGCUAUCGUGCCGCGCAAAUGGUCACCGCGGGGCUACCUGGACAUUGACAGGGAUGACUUCAAGGAAGGCGAACGCUUAAAGGAGUGGCAGGACCUCUUGCUUUCGUUGGGAGAUAAAUUGUCGAAUUUCGAUUGA